UACGACGAGAAAGCGAGGUAGAGAAGAGAGGUGGCGCAGUGCACGCGACGCACACAGCGAACUCGGCUCGUCGAGCGCAAUAAAAUCCGCCACGCCUUCGCCUCCUCUUCAGAAACAGCGGGAGACGACUCGCGCUCGUGCCGGCAUGGCCAUGGACGACGUCGCCGGCGCCUCCUCUUCGAUGGCCUCCGCCUCCCCCGACCCGUCGCACGGGUGGCAGACGGUGUCCUACCCCAAGCGCAGCCGCAAGCAGCCGGCGCAGGCGCCCCGCGCCGCGGCGCCCGAUCUGGCGCUGCAGGCCAAAGGCAGGGCCAGCGUCUUCGACGCCGUCGACAAGCGCUCCCAGGAGCGCCACCGCGCUCUGCAGCAGCAGGCGGCCUCCAGGGCGGCCGGCCUCGACGACGCGCGGAUCGCCGUUGUCACGGGCUACUCCGACGACGAGGACUCCGACGAGGCAGCCGCGCCGCGCCAGGAGGGGGAGAUGAAGAAGCCGAAGAAGCCUAAGGUGAAGAAGCCCAAGGUGACGGUCGCCGAGGCGGCCGCCCUGAUCGAUGCCGAGAACCUCGCCGCGCACCUCGUCGAGAUCUCGGGAUCAUACGAGAACCAGCAGGGUAUUCAGCUCAUGAGGUUUGCUGACUACUUUGGCCGAGCAUUUGUAACCGUGAGCUCAUCGCAGUUCCCGUGGGCAAAGAUAUUUAAGGAAUCGCCGGUGUCCAAGAUGGUUGAUAUCCCGUUGUGCCAUAUUCCUGAGCCAGUUAUCAAGACAGCGGGUGAUUGGAUCAAUCAAAGAUCUCCUGAUGCCCUGGGUGAUUUUGUUUUGUGGUGUACAGAUAGCAUCAUGUCUGAAUUAUCAGGUCAAGCAGCAGGAGCUAAGGGUUCAAAGAAGGUUGUCCAGCAGUCCCCAAGGGCUCAGGUUGCAAUCUUCGUUGUUCUUGCCAUGACUUUAAGAAGGAAGCCGGAGAUACUAAUAAACCUUAUGCCAAAGAUAAUGGGAAACAAUAAAUAUCUUGGACAGGAAAAGCUUCCCAUCAUUGUCUGGGUUAUUGCUCAGGCAUCUCAAGGUGACCUAGUGACUGGAAUGUUUUGCUGGGCUCAUUCCCUAUUUCCCACAUUAUGUGCAAAGUCAAGUGGGAAUCCGCUAGCAAGAGAUUUGGUUUUGCAGUUGCUUGAAAGAAUUUUGUCUGUCCCCAAAGCUCGAUCUGUCUUAUUGAAUGGUGCUGUUAGGAAGGGGGAGCGUCUGGUUCCCCCUGCUUCAUUUGACCUGUUCAUGAGAGCUGCAUUUCCUGUUUCUAAUGCUCGUGUCAAGGCUACAGAAAGGUUUGAAGCAGCCUACCCAACAAUUAAGGAGUUGGCUCUUGCUGGUCCUCGUGGCUCUAAAACUGUGAAACAAGCAUCACAACAGCUUUUGUCUUUGUGCGUGAAGGCAAUGCAAGAAAACAAUGCAGAGGUCACCAGGGAGGCUGUUGAUGUAUUCAUUUGGUGCUUGACUCAAAAUGCAGAGUCCUACAAGCAGUGGGAAAGGCUCCAUCCAGAAAAUAUUAAAGCCAGUGUUGCUGUCCUGAGCAAAAUCACGAUUGAUUGGAAGGAGGUGUCUCCUAAGCUCAGUUCUGAAGCUCUUAAGGCAACUGUGAAGAACUUAAAGGCUAAGAAUGAGACAGCUCUAGAGUCGGCAACGGAUGCUGGAAAUCAGGCAUCAAUGAAUGAAGCAGACAAGUACUGCAAGGUGAUCCUCGGGAGGCUGACGCGUGGUGCCACAUGCCUGAAGAGCAGCCUGGUGGUUAUUGCGCUUGCUGUUGCUGCUGGCUUCGCGUUAUCUCCUGACAUGGACUUAUCGUCGGAGUGGGAGAAGCUCCAGGCAAUGGUCGCGUCCCACCUGUCGUCCUAAACAUACCGUCCAGAUGUUGAUCAAAAUUAUACAAACCAUCCAAAGGGGAUGGCUCAGCCGUGAAGAGAAGCGCAGGGGAGACAAAAUAAGAGGGGAUAGAUUCUAGACCAAAAGAAUAUAGUUUCUUGAGUUAAACCUUUUUCUGAAUCUCCUCCCAAGCAGUGGUCCUCUUGGGAGGAGAUGCAAGAGACUUUGCAGAGGGUUUACGUUAAUUGGUAGACUGAUGGGUGCAAAGAAGGUUCGGUCAAAUGGCUCAACCAGAGGAUUGACACUUUUGCUUUUCUCGUUCUGCAUCUGAGAUGAUGGGAAACAGUUUUGCUUUUAAAUCUAUAAUCUUGAAUCGUA